AUGGAGCCUGCCAUCUGCAAGUCAUGCCUGGGGGAACAGGAGCGCCUUACGAGGGCUGUCAACGGCGCCGAGUGCAAGAUUUGUACUCUACCGUUCACAGUCUAUCACUUCAAAGCUCAUCACAGAAUCAACAGGACCGUGAUAUGCUACAACUGCUCCAAGCAGCGGAAUGUUUGCCAGUGCUGCUUAUUGGAUCUGCAGUGGCAGAUCCCUGUCGAGCUUCGUGACCGUGUGCUAUCGUUGAUCCAGGGCUCUGAGGUGGCCACACAUGAAGCCCAGAAUGAAAUGAUGAAGAGAUUCAUCGCGCUGAAAGACGGCGACUCCUUUAAGAUGGGAGGUGCGAGCAUCACUAGCAGCGCGUCGGCUACGGCGGACGCUCUCAAACAAAUACGAGACACUGUCGAGGCUGUCGAAAAGAGCGGUAAGGCAGCUGACGCUGCAGGGCCUGGGCGCGACGUGCCCUUGCCGAAAAAUCUCGCAGAUCUCGACAUCACGCAUCUUCUCAAGAAGUUGCCUCUCAAAGGCUCCCUGAGCGACGGCACAUCGUUCUUUCUGUACAACAUCGACCCUUCGAUCCCCGAGUGGGCUAUAGUGGACGCUGUCACAGAGCUUGUCGGGACCGCAUCGUGGAAAGGCCCUGUUUCUGCUUCUACGAUCAUCAACCACACUGCACGUUGCGGGGGGAUUAGAUUUAAGACUCUGGAGCUUGCGCAGAAGUUUAUCGACCAAGUACCGACGUUCAAGACCGAGGCUGGAUCUAUUAAAGGGAAGCUACUUGUGCAAAAUUCCAGAAUUCAUGUUGUUUCCUGGUCGCAAUUCAACAGAGCAGCAUUGGGCACAAAGAACGCGGAGUGCUUAAAGCUUGCAGCAAGUCUCGACAAAUUAGUCCAAAAGGAUUUGAAUUCGCCGGCUGCUUCUAAUACCAUGCUCACCAAGAAACAAGGCAAGGUCACCAAGAGAGCGCCCUCUUCCAAAGACAAGAAACGGAAUAGAAGAGUCAAAGACAUUGAGCUUUAA